GAAACAUAUUCCCCCAUCCCCUCUCUCCGCCCAGUUAUCCAGUACUCUGACAGAGAGACAUCAUAAUGUCGGCGGAAGGUGAAUGGUCCUGCGACGCCAACGACGCCGUUCAAAUCACCAUUGUUCAUCCCGACCAGCAAAAACCCAAGACGCUUUCUAGCUUUCAUCCUCAAUUUACAUACCCAAUUUUCGGCGAGGAGGAGCGCAUCUUCGGCUACAAGGGAUUAAUUAUCCGGUUGCGGUUCGCGGCGCAUAAUCUUCGUCCUCAUGUCCACGUUUCCUACGAUGAGAAAUUCACGGCUGUGGACGAUGCUGAACCUGUUGAUAUCAUCGGCGCAUUGAAAGAGUUUCUUCCUGAAGAGGCCUUUUCUUCACUACCCGAGUUCGAAAGUGCUGUUCAAGAGGAGGACGCGAAAGAAUUCGUGCCACCGGGCAAGCUGUCCCAUAGCUAUUCUAUUCGCGGGCGGAACUACGAGAUCUGGGCAGCGUCCCUUGCGGAUCCUCAAGUCCAGCUUUUGCUGAACCGAUUUCAGAUUAUGGUAUCAUUCUACAUCGAGGCUGGAACACCUCUCUCGACAGAUGACCCUGAGUGGACAUUGGACAGAUGGACGGUCUAUUUUGUGCUAACAGCGGCUAGAUACGAGAAGGUUGAACCUCCCACCCCAACAGCCUCGUCAUAUUCCAUAGUGGGCUAUGCUACCACCUACCGAUGGUGGUUCUACAAGAGAGAUCGUUCAGAGAACCCUAUGCCUAGAGACGGUCCCUUUCCUCCACCAGAGCUAGUCCGACCGGGCGAGUUGCCGUCAAGGCUGCGAAUUGCUCAGUUUCUGAUUCUUCCGCCCCAUCAAGGAACCGGUCACGGCGUCAACCUUUACAAUACAAUCCAUAAAACAUGUCUUGAUGACCCAACAAUCAUGGAACUAACCGUCGAAGAUCCGAAUGAAUCCUUCGACGUGCUCCGGGACUCAGCCGACUACCAUAUCCUGCGCCCGGAGUUCCUCAAACACAAUAUCCAAAUCAACCCCGAUCCGUGGAGUGAUUUCUCAAAGAAGACUAAGCGUGUCCCAACAUCCUCCCUCCUUCCGCUCAAAACCCUCAACGAGAUCCGCACUGCCUACAAGAUAGAACCGACUCAGUUCGCGCACAUCCAGGAAAUGUUCCUGCUCGGCCAGAUUCCGCUUAAGAAUCGUCGAAAGGGCGGCGCCAAUAUGGCACGGCUCCUGGUCAAGAAAUACAGAGACGACGAUCCGAAUAAUCGCCGAUACUACUGGUGGCGCAUGCUUACCAAACAGCGUCUCUACAAACGCUCUAGAGACGUGCUGAUCCAGCUAAAGAUGAGCGAACGUCACAAAGCGCUAGAGGAUACUGUCACGAACGUGGAGGAUGGAUACGAGCAGCUUUUCGGAUUCUUCAACGAACGCGAGGAGCGCCUGAGGGCCCAGCAAGAAGAAGCUGAAACAUCGAACAAUAGAGACCAGCGUACGAAGCGGAAAUUCACCGUGGAGGAUGAAGAUGAUGAAGAUGAGUCUGCGGCUGCAAAGCGGCCAAAGGCUUAGAACCUAGCAGACUGCUGCUAUUCACGCGAACCAAGCUCCUUAAAUAAAUCUGAGCUGUUAUGUAACAAUAUCGAGAUUUG